UGAAAUUAAACUGAAAUAGGUGCAUUAAACUCUUACCAAAGUAUUCCAGAAGUACUUGACUAUUCCACCAUGAUGUAAUAAUGGCAUUUGACAGUAAUUUAUUGGCUAUGAGGUGUCUGUUGUAUUUCUUUGUAGUCGCUGCCCAGAUCAGGCUGGUGAAUGGGACCAGUCGGUGCUCAGGUCGAGUGGAGGUGUAUCGCCCCUACUGUGUGUGAUGAUGGCUGGGACAUGAGUGAUGCUGAGGUGGUGUGCAGACAGCUGGUGUGUGGCACUGCUGUUUGUGCCCCUGGGUCGGCCUCCUAUGGUGCAGGCACUGGGAAUAUUUUGAUGGGUGAUGUUGCAUGCUCUGGUACUGAACAUUCUCUGACCCAGUGCUCCUACAACAGCUAUCCUAACUGUAGCCAUGGUCAGGAUGCAGGGGUGGUCUGUUCCAUGGAAGUCUUAUGGAAACCAGUACAGAGGUUUCUUGGGGUCAGUCUGCCCAGAUGAGCUGCUCCAUCUCCACACAGCACCAGGGUGGCACAUUCACCCUACAGCAGCUCUCUGGGUCAUUUACAGAGACAAAGAGAGACACAUGGGGCUCUGCCCUCUUCCCCAUUCCUCAAGUGGACUUUAUCCAUGAAGGAGACUACUACUGCCAGUAUCAAACAAGGGUUUCCAGUCGAGAAUUCACAUCCCCCCAAAGUGCUACUGUCAGCCUUUCUGUAGUAGCAUCCCAGACUCCCAUCAUUGCAUCUGGAGUGAUUUUAGGGUUGUUCCUACUUUUGCUGAUCCCUGCCAUCCUCUACCUGGUGAAAAACAAGUGUGACACACAUACACACACAAUCCAGAUGAACACUGUGGCACACAGUGGGUCACCUGAUGAAGAUGAGAACAUCUAUGUGAACACAGUCAUGCCUGCUGACCAGAGGAACCAUGAUAAAGAGGAUGAUGGAGAUCUGGAAGAUGACUAUGUGAAUGCAGAAGAGCUGCAUGGCCCAACUGCUACAGACAAUGACAUAACUGCUGACCAGUGGGAUUGUGGUAAAGAGGCUGAUGGAGAUCUGGAAGAAGAUUAUGUGAAUGUAGAAGAGCUGCAUGGCCCAGCUGCCAUUGACAACGACUAGGAAGA